AUGAAGGACUGGUCUAUUGGUGUUUCUGAUAUCAGUAAUCUCCGUUGCAGUCGUGGACGCCGUCUUCCACCCACACCACUCGAGCGGUGUCCACCCAACUUCGGCUCUCAGCAUUCUUUCGACGAUAGCCUGCCCAAUACCGGUUUGAAUAAGGCCUAUUCUUCCGUAGUUGGCUCAAAAAUGUCCAGUUACGGACCAGAGUUUGUAAAGGCUGGCAUCUCUUCAUUUGAAGAUCUUUUGGAUGAUCAACUAACUCACAGUAAGUAA